AGGAAGGGAGAUGCACGCGAAGGUCAAAAAGUAAAUAUGGCUGCGCGUAGCAUGUUGAAGUCUAUGUUGACAUCAUUUAAUAGUUUAAAGCUGUGCAGCAAUACACUUAAUGCGAUUAAUCUUCAAAAUGUAACUGGACCUUUAGUUUCGAUACUGGCGGUGCAGAGUAGAGGGAUUCGACAGGUGGUGGAGAAGCAAGAAGGCAAGACCACAACUCUUGAAGGUAAAAUACUGGAUACACCACCAGCUCCAGAGCCCCCAAACCCUGCAGCUAAAUGUCCCAUCUACAGGUGGAAUCUCCAACACAAAUACAAUUACACAGAUGUGUUGUUGUUGAGUCAGUUCAUCCGGUCAGAUGGAGGGAUGCUGCCACGGAGGAUCACUGGUCUCUGUUUUGAGGAACAUCGUAAGAUCGCUGUGUGUGUGCAGAUGGCUCACAGAGCAGGUCUUCUCCCGGACCACAGACCGAAACUUCCAGAGGGUCAUGUCCCAUCUACCAAGAGGCCCAGACCAAAACUCAACAGAUACCUGACACAUUGGUCUAUCAACUCAGUGAAGCCCAUCUAUAAAAAAGGACUGAAGUGGAAGAAGAAGCCCAUGCAUGUAGGACACCGUUUGCUUCUGGACAAUGUGUGUUAUGGUGUCAAGCCACUGUACAUCAAACACUGAUGAAAGUACUGUGGACCCAUCAAGAAGACCAUGGAAACAAUACAAAAUUACCACGUGUUUUUGCCCAAAUUGACCUUUUUACUCAGCAACUGGACUUGCCCUCUCAAAUAUACUUUUGUGGAACCCUUUCUCCAUCUGUAUUUAUUCAACCAAAUGUUUAAAAAGCCGCUUAACUCCACCCAAAGCCUUAUAUUUAGUUUCUGCUACGGGUUCUCUGAAAGCCCUUAAAGUGAGGUCACUGACAAGUUCAUUUAGCUCAACUUUACAUGUUCAAAGUAGGUGGUAUGUUUUGUUUACUCACUCUCAGAUGUGCAUCUAAUAAAAUAUUAA